AUGGGAAAUCAUGUGGAGGAUGGGUUGAACAAGCUGGCUAGACAUAUUUUGGCAUUGAAUCCGGAUAUGGUUUCGUUACAGGAAGUCCAAAAUGAGACCUGUGCCAAGCAGUUGAAUGAUCUUCUCGGAAAUGAAUGGACAAUGGUUUACGCGAAGAAAGAUUAUCCCGAUGUGGCUCUCGCCACAAAGCAUACUGUAAUCUCCGAGUCAGUUCUGAACACAACAGCUGGCGUUCAUGCAACGAUCGAGUUUCCCGAUGGAUUUCGAGUGAAUUUCUGGGCUUUUCAUGGAUGGUACAAAGCCUACGGUCCUUAUGCUGCUUUCAAUCGUUUAGUCACAAAUAUCUCUCAAAUAAUCGUUGGAGAGAAUGUUCCAUCAAGAAGAAAAACUGGAAGAGCCGGUAAUAUCAAAGAGAUUUUGAAUUGUAAAACGAUGAAAGGAGAUUUGAAAGAAUUGAAAGAGAUACCGAUAGUGAUAGCUGGAGAUUUCAACUCACCGAGUCAUCAGGAUUGGAUUGAGGAGAACAAAGAUCUUCACGGUGGUUGGGUUGUACCUUGGCCUUCAACGAAACAGCUCACCGAUGUCGGAUUUGUUGAUUCAUUCCGAGAGAUUUAUCCCGAUCCCAUAAAGAACCCUGGAUUAACCUGGUCAACAAUGUGCAAACAGAAUAUUGAAUGGGAGUAUUCAUUUCCCGAACCACAAGACCGCGUCGAUUUCAUCUUUUAUAAGGGAUUUGUGCGACCAAUGAGAUCUGAGCUCUACUCGGGAGCCGAACCAAUUAAAAUAAUGCCCAAUCAGAAAACAAAUGAUUAUCCAUCCGAUCAUUAUGCGUUGUUCACCGAUUUUGAGGUUUUACAA